CAGUACAUAGACAUCACAUAUAUAUCAUAUAUAAAUAUGUAAUUGUAAUCUGAAUGGGAAAUGUGGUGUAAGACAUGGACCCCCCUGUAUAUACCACACAUUUCCCGUUCACUUGCAAUAUGGGAAAUGGAGUUGCGUCUGCACAUAAACAAGGGUGACGUCACUUCACUGAAAAUCAGGGAGGAGUUCAGAUCCAGACCCAGACGGUCGGCCGCUGAACUUUGCUCAGUCUGACCCUGAAAGACCCGACGCACCCGGUCGCAGCGGGUUACACCACUGAUGACGCAGCACAAGUUUUACUGAGAACAAUCUGAAUGUGAAGUAACAGGUUUUAUACUUAGUUUAAAUACAGUAAAUGAUCAGAGCUCCCCUCUGAUUUCUGCUGAACUUACAACGCUCUUGUUCAUGUGCUGACAAACAGAUGCAAUGAAACUGUGGAGCUGAAUCCGAACGUGGUAUUCGGCAAAGCACAAAUCAUGUCGUGUGUUUUAACGGGAAUUGAUUUAUUUUUACAUCGGCGUCCUCCUGGCCUCGUACACCUGGUCUGACGACUCCCUCCUCCUCGAGGGAGCGGGCGAUGAAGACCUGAAAGAGCUGGCUCCGAGAGAUUUGGCGCGGAUCCACGGCGAGCACGUCAGGUGUCUCUGCACAGGGGUGGUGGUGAAGAGGCGGAGCUUGGAUCCUCGCAGCCUGGGCGCCUUCGCUCUCUUCACACCCUACCAACAUUUAGAGUACGCCAAGGAGCUCUUCAGACGUGAAGACAGGGUCCGCUUUGCUGGCGAACACACGGCCUUCCCUCACGCCCGGAUCGAGACCUCUAUGAAGUCUGCAAUCAGGGCUGCUACAAACAUCAACAAAGCGGCGCACGAAGACUCGGCUAGAACUCCACCCCGAGAUGAGCUCCAGGGUCUGAGCAACUAAGUAGUGUGCUCCUCUAGAAUCCCGCCAUGUGCCUCCUGCCACCCGCAGAAGCGCCACCGAUGGUGCGGCUACCCCCUGGACAGAAUCCCCAACGAGGUUGAGUGAUAUGAUGAUACAUGGAGAGAAGUUCCGUAAAUGUGUCCACGGUCAGACAUUUCACCCGGAUACUGAGGGAGGUUUUGUCGAUUAAUGGCAGCAGUGGAUUUAUAGACAAAGUUCGGAUCAAUGGGAUGGAUUCUCAGGCGAAAAAGAAGACAAGCCUCCAAAUCGAGAUGGAUCCGCGCUUGGAGAAGUGGAAAUCGCUUGCCGCUGGCGUGUUGCUGCUCACGCUGUGCCACGGCCACGCUGCUGCUUUCAGCCUGAGGGAACAUCUGGCUGAUUGUUUGGAGGACAAAGACUACAGUGAGCUGCUGCGGACUGCGAAGACGGGCCUCCCGCGCAUAAACGCGUCUCACCAUGUCGUCAUUGUUGGAGCUGGCAUGGCCGGACUGACGGCCGCCACGUUACUGCGGGACGCGGGACACGAGGUCACCAUAUUAGAGGCUAGUGGGCGCGUGGGAGGACGCGUGGAGACCUACAGGAAUGAAAAAGAGGGCUGGUACGCUGAAAUGGGAGCAAUGAGGAUCCCGAGUUUUCACCAACUCGUCCAGUGGUUUGCUGAGAAACUUGACGUGAAGCUAAAUAAAUUCAUCAUGGAUGACCUCAACACCUUCUACCUGGUCAAUGAGCAGCUGAAACGGACGUACGGGGUGAAAGCAGACCCUGACAUCCUGAAGUAUGAACUGCCGGAAGGCGAGAGGGGGAAGUCGGCCGAGCAACUGCUGCAGGAAGCUUUGCAGAAGGUGAAAGAUGAAGUGGAGGCACACGGCUGCCGAGCUGCGCUUAAGAAAUACGACCACUAUUCUCUGAAGGAAUAUUUGAGAGAGGAAGGUGGCGUGAGCGCAGAAGCGGUGAGGAUGAUCGGAGACUUGCUCAAUGAACAGAGCCUCAUGCACCUGGCUCUAACCGAGGUGAUCUACAUCAACAGCGACGUCAGCGACAGCACCGUGUACUAUGAAAUAAGUGGUGGGUCAGAUCUUCUCCCCAAAGCUUUUCUUCCUGUCCUCGAUGUCCCCAUCCUCCUCGACUCCAAGGUCAAGAGCAUCAGCCAGUCAGACAAGGGUGUUACUGUACGGUAUCAGACAGGCCAACAGUCCUCUUUGACAGACCUUGCUGCCGAUACCGUCCUGCUAACGACUACGGCCAAAGCUGCCCUUUUCAUAGACUUUGAUCCACCUCUUUCCACCAGAAAGAUGGAGGCCCUGAGGACUGUCCAUUAUGAAAGCUCCACUAAAAUCAUCCUCACCUUCAGCGAGAAGUUCUGGGAGAAGGACGGCAUCCGAGGAGGAAAGAGCAUUACCGACAGGCCCUCUCGUUUCAUCUACUACCCCAGCCACAGUUUCCCAAAAAACAAGACCAUCGGCGUCCUCCUGGCCUCGUACACAUGGUCUGACGACUCCCUCCUCUUCGAGGGAGCGAGCGAUGAAGACCUGAAAGAGCUGGCUCUGAGAGAUUUGGCGCGGAUCCACGGCGAGCACGUCAAGUGUCUCUGCACAGGGGUGGUGGUGAAGAGGUGGAGCUUGGAUCCUUACAGCCUGGGCGCCUUCGCUCUCUUCACACCCUACCAACAUUUAGAGUACGCCAAGGAGCUCUUCAGACGUGAAGACAGGGUCCACUUUGCUGGCGAACACACGGCCUUCCCUCACGCCUGGAUCGAGACCUCUAUGAAGUCUGCAAUCAGGGCUGCUACAAACAUCAACAAAGCGGCGCACGAAGACUCGGAUAGAACUCGACCCCGAGAUGAGCUCCAGUGUGUUAAAUCUGAUUUGUAGGGCAAUCAGUAUUAUAGUAGUUAUGAAAUGUCAGAAUGUGAAGAAUACAAAAAUUCACAAAAGUGCAACACUUUUUCUUGUUGACUGCGUUGCUUUAGAAGCUGCACACAUCAUUUUAAUUUUUUUGGAUUAAUCUACAGACUAAUUUCUUGAUUAACAGAUUAUCUGCGUACAUUUUCAAAUGCCAAAAGUAGUAAAAAAAAUGGUCAUCGCAACUUCGCAGAGCCCAAAGUGACGUCUUCAUAUCGGUUCACUUGUCUGACCAACAGCCCAAAACGCCUCCUCCAGACAAAUAUUUUAUUUACUAUCAUAUAUCACACAAAAGCUGCAAAUCCUCAUAUCUGAGAAAUUUGAACCAGCAAAUCUUUGGCAUUUACCUUGAAAAAUCACUGAAACGAUCAUUCGGUUACCAAAUAUAGUUGCCGAUUAAUUUUCUUUCAAUGGACUAAUCAGGUCAUUGUUGCGGCUCUGCUCACUUGCCUUAAGGGUGAGACUCAUCGUGAUUUUGUUCCCCACAGGAUACAAACACUGGCAAAGCGCAACUGAGAUAUUCCAAAAAGCAAAACAGAACCACAACACAUGGCUCCCAUUUAGAAAUCUUUUAAUUUGCGUUAGCAGUAUCAGUAGUGAUUGAAUGGUAUACAGCAAUAGGCAACCGAUAACAGUGAACAGCACUGACAGGUAGUGAACGCAGAGGGAGAACGAGCAGGCAAGUGACGCUGUGAGAAACUGAUCUGUAAUCUAAGAGCUGUGAAGCCCAGCAUGUGAACAACCGGUCAAGUUUGUUCAUACAUAUUCGCAUUUUGUGCUCUUGUAUUAUUAUUACACUUGUACAAUUCAUGCUCUCGAAUUUGAUAUUCCGUAGGCCCAGAAUUGUGGUUGACGCUCUGGAGGACUUCAUUUGCACUUUGAAAUUAGUUCAUUUCUACGUUCGGAUUAGUAAUCCGUGCCCUCACAUUGGGUCGUUUGUUGGCUCCGUAGUAGUAACUUGUCCUCUUACAUGAGUUCAUUUGUACCGCAGUUGUGGCUCUUGAAUGACUGAAUUUGUGCUCUCAUAUUUAUUCGUACGCCGCGGACAUUGAUCAUUUGUGCUCUCAAAUUGGUUCAUUUGUAAACCGAAGUUAUUACUUCACGCUCACGAAUUACUUAAUUUUGUUGUCCUUGUCCUCUUUUGUUCUUUCGUCGUGUGUUUCAGAAAAUUCUGGUUAGCAUCAGUUGGGUGCAUAUACUGUUUAUAUGCAUCUUUUUCAUGCAGUUGACCUAAAUGAGCCUCUUGACCUUAAUACACAGAUACAUGCAUAUUUUGCAUGUUAAACAACAUUCCUUUAUCUUUGACAUCCUGUAAACAUAAUUAAAAUGCUAAAACCAUUAUAAAUGUAAUUUGAUCAACAUGUAAUUUGUGACUGAGAGCAUGAGUCAUUAACCUUGAGGGUUUAAUUACUAAUUUGUGCCCUCUAGUUAUUGAUUAGAGAGCGAAAAAUUGCUAUUUGCCUGCACCAGUUAGUGAUCUGAGAAUAUGAAUUUUUGUGUAUGAGUUGAAUUCAAAUUUAAUCCCUCACUACAAACUGUAUCACGAACAAAUAAAGCUCUGAGAUCCUGGAGGGACC